UGGCGGCGGCCGCUCGGCGGCCGCGGCGGCGUGCCUGGGCCCUGCUGUGCCUGGCUGUGGCCGCGCUGCUCUGCCCCGCGGCGGGCGAAUUGGAGUGUUACUGCCAGCUAUGUACAAAAGACAACUUUACGUGUAUGACAGAUGGAGUGUGUUUUGCCUCAGUAACACGAACUGCAGACAAAAUAAUGCGCAACAGUAUGUGUAUAGCAGAAAUUGAUCUGAUUCCCCGAGACAGGCCUUUUGUUUGCUCACCCUCCACCAGAGAUGGAGUCCAUACUGUGUCUCAUUGCUGUAACACACCUCUCUGCAAUAAAGUAGAACUUCCAAUUCCAACACCAGGCCCUACUCCAGAAAAACCAGCUUCUAACCUAGGACCUGUGGAACUGGCUGCUGUCAUUGCUGGACCAGUCUGUUUUGUCUGCAUUUCGCUGAUGUUGAUUCUAUACCUUUGUCAUAAUCGUAGUGUAAUUCAUCAUCGUGUGCCAAGUGAAGAAGACCCUUCAUUGGAUCGUCCCUUUAUAUCAGAAGGAACCACUUUAAAGGAUUUAAUUUAUGAUAUGACAACUUCAGGUUCUGGGUCAGGUUUACCUUUACUUGUGCAAAGAACAAUUGCAAGAACUAUAGUACUUCAAGAAAGCAUUGGUAAGGGUCGCUUUGGAGAAGUCUGGCGGGGGAAGUGGAGAGGAGAAGAAGUUGCUGUGAAGAUCUUCUCUUCAAGAGAGGAACGGUCGUGGUUUCGAGAAGCAGAAAUUUAUCAGACAGUUAUGCUACGCCAUGAAAACAUUCUUGGAUUUAUAGCUGCAGACAACAAAGACAAUGGUACAUGGACUCAGCUGUGGUUAGUGUCAGACUAUCACGAGCAUGGAUCACUCUUUGAUUACCUGAACAGGUAUACAGUAACAGUGGAAGGAAUGAUAAAAUUAGCUUUGUCCACUGCCAGUGGUCUUGCUCAUCUACACAUGGAAAUUGUUGGCACACAAGGCAAACCAGCAAUUGCCCACAGAGAUUUAAAAUCAAAAAACAUAUUGGUGAAAAAGAAUGGAACAUGCUGCAUUGCAGAUCUAGGAUUAGCGGUUAGGCAUGAUUCAGCUACAGACACAAUUGACAUCGCCCCAAACCACAGAGUGGGAACAAAAAGGUACAUGGCUCCUGAAGUCUUAGAUGAUUCCAUAAAUAUGAAACAUUUUGAGUCAUUCAAACGAGCAGACAUCUAUGCAAUGGGAUUAGUGUUUUGGGAAAUAGCUCGGCGGUGUUCAAUUGGUGGAAUCCACGAAGAUUACCAGUUGCCAUACUAUGACCUCGUUCCUUCAGAUCCUUCUGUUGAAGAAAUGAGGAAAGUUGUGUGUGAACAGAAGUUAAGGCCCAAUAUUCCAAACAGAUGGCAGAGCUGUGAGGCACUACGAGUGAUGGCAAAAAUUAUGCGGGAAUGCUGGUAUGCCAACGGAGCUGCCCGGCUGACAGCUUUGCGCAUUAAGAAAACAUUAUCACAACUUAGUCAACAGGAGGGGAUCAAGAUGUAAUCCUGGAUUUGCUACCGAAGAACACUGUAAAAAUCCCUAUCUGCACCAGAGUGGCGUGCUAAGAAGGUUAAUUGUUCUACCUCACUGGGGGAACAGAAGGAUAUUGCUGCCUUUUAGUACUUCAUAGGAACGUCACUUAGGAUUUUUGUGGAUGUGCUAAACAAUUGUGUUGGGUCUUUCUGUGCACUAUGAACCUCUUUCCCAGGUUAUUUGCAAAACAUCAUCUACUCUAGUUUCAUUAAUCUGUAAUUUUUUCAUUUGGGAAAUUGAUAGCUGGUCUUGGCUAGUUAACUGUGCUAAAAGUAGGAGGUCACUUCUAAAAUGAAACUGGUUCGCUAUUUUGUUCUACAGUGCAUUGAUGGCUCUUAAAGCAACUUUAUUCCUGCCUGGUACAUUGACUACUCUGAACCACUGUCUCAAGUCCUUGAUUCAGAUUGUGAAUGUACUAUUGGAGUAAUAUUGGAGUAUAUACUAUUGGAGAUAGCUAUUAAGGUGGUGCAUCUUUUGGACUCUUACCUUGACUUACAAAUUGACCUCAUUCAGUUGUGGGAACAUAACUUAUGCAACUAUACUUUAUACGUGAUUACUGGGUUUUUUCCACUUUUUCAGAACAUUACAUUGCCUUCAAAAUAGAUUGUAUUACACCAGUAAGUGCCACUUUUGAGUCUUUUAAUGCAAAAUAGUAGGGAUGUACAAAGCCUAUGGUACUUUUGGUUUCAAAAAUACAAGUUAAAAGUUGUUCCUUUGCCUAGCUAAGUGCUAAAUCUCACUCAUUGCAACAGUGAGUACAAAAUUGAUGAAAUAUCUGCAAUUUUACCAAAAUCUGACUCUUGAAACCACUGUAGGAGUUUUAAAUAGUGUAAGCUAGUAAAUUCACUGUCAUAUUUUGUAAUUGUCAAGUUAUGAGUCAUAAUUAUUUGGGUUUUUUUUUUAAUCAAGUGGUACUUCUAAAAUGCUUGAAGUACCUAUCUACUUCAGAAAAGUAGCAAGAAAAGUAAAAUGUUAAGGGAGAUUUUGCUUCAUUAAAUAAGUAUGAAAAGCAUAUUUUCUGUGCAGUUCUGCUGAGUCUUAAGGCUCAAAGAACAAUAUUUGCAAUUACACAAUGAUUAAGUGCACCUGUCAUUAGAGAAGUUAUUUGGGCUUUUGUACUAGACAGUUCAAAGCUGCUUAUAAGUUUUAUGUGCAUGUAUGUUGUGUGUGCCUCAUACACAAAGUGGUGAGCUAGAGAAGGUGGUGAGCUGUAGGUCUUUGGAUACAAAUAUCAGGGGAUUCCAGCAAUCCUCUUCAUUGUUAAAAGAACAAAGCUUAUGGUGACUUGUGUUGUCAUAAGAACACAGAAGAAUAUGCAUGGCUUUAGUCAAGAUUUCCCUGAGUUUUUAAGAGUAUCGUAGUAUUUUCACAAACUUGUUUAGAAAUUAAAUUGCGUCCUGCCCCAACGUACAACAAAAACCUGUUGUUACCAGGAUAUUUUUUUAAUUGCAAUUUUAGCAAGAGUCUGGUUGGCCUUUGGUUUCAUUAAUGUCCAAAACAGUAGUAUUUCAGUAUGUAAAUGUGCCUGGUAAUCAAUAUGCUGCCUAACCUGCCACUCUUCAGAACACAUCAGUGCCCAUCUCAUUACGCAGCACAUGUGGCAACCUUUAACUCAGCUUCCCGUUCAUCCCUUGGCAUAGAACCCACUGAGAGUUUGUUACCAAGAGGGUGGCAGUGGCAGGGUGGUUGCUGGCAGCAGCACAGUCGAGUUCUGUGCCCUGGUGAUGUGUGGCAGCUCAAGCAGGAAGAGGAAUGAGGCCCAGGAAGGAGAUGCUACAUAGGUGACACGAGCCUUACCCAAGAAAAGCCUUAACCGUUAAUUUUUAUUUCUGUAUUCUUACUGCUUGCUUGGAGGUGAGUUUAAACUAUGUCAGAAUUACAGGCCUUCAGAGGUCAAACUGCAAAUAAUGAAAUGCUUUGUCAACAACAAAAUGGAUGAGUUUGUUCUUACUGGAAGACAGUAUCCAGGAGAAAAGGGAAAAAUAAGAGAGGUUCUUAGAAACCAAUUAGGCUUAAACAUACAUGCAGCUGUCACACUUAUGUUUGGCAUUAUCUGACAAGUGAGGCUUAUGUGCUUCAGGCCUCUGUCAAUCAAAGCCGGAUUAAAAAUUACUUCAUGUAGGUAUUUUAAAUAAAAUAUGCCUUUGUGUGCAUGAACAGUUGUGCACCACAGAGUUUUUCAAUUAAAUGUUAAAAAAAAAUUGAAUAUAACAUAACUUCCAAGCCUCUCUUCUUGGCAGCCUCUCUAGCAAGUUCAAUGUAUCUGUACAGAUACUUUUAAAAAACAGGUCAUCAUGAAAAUAGAUCAGGGUCUCCAUCUAAUUUCAAAGGCUUCCUAGUUAGCAAUUCAACUUUUUUUGUUUUGUAACUUUGUUACAUUUCAAGUUUUCAUAGGUGUCCUGGGGUCCUUACUACAGAUACGAAUGGUACAGGUCCUACUUCAGAAAUAUCAGGCUCCUGGUGUGCCUCAGAUCUCUAUAGUAAUUUUGGUAGUAACAGGAAUGUUCACAGUAUCAUUAAUCAAAAAAUUUUCAUGGCUCUUUUUAGCACCCACUAAACCUUAUCAGCGAAACAUUUAAUUUCCUAAAAUAUACAGAACAGUUCUGUUGCAUUUUAAAGAGAAUAUACAGCGACUGGACAGCUUCAUGGCAUGCAGAUGGUUCUGUCAACAGAAU